GGCGUAGGGGCAAAAUAACUGGCGACUGGAAGGAGGAAAUCUCUGAAUUUUUCACCGGCGACGAUCGUUCCCGCAGGUUGGGUCGACCUCAUUCACCGUUUACCUCUGUGACUUCACGGGCCAAACCCAUUUUUCCAAAGCCAGCCGUUCUGUGAACCGUCCAAGUUAGAGACAAGAUGGGCAAUAUAAUCAGGUCAUUUGUUUCAGCAUUCAGCAAUGCUGUCAGUGAUAUGUUUCGAGCUCCGGUCGACUUCCUCACUGGAAAGUCUUGCAGCACAGUUUGUGGAUCAACAUGGGAUCUCAUCUGUUACAUCGAGAACUUCUGCAUUGCCAACCUACUCAAGAUGCUUAUGGUGUUGGUUCUGUUUUACAUUGUUCUUUUGUUCCUCUAUCUGCUAUACAAAAUGGGUAUAUGUAGCUGUGUUGGAAGGAGCCUUUGCAAAAUGACUUGGGCAUUCUGUGUCACCUGCUUCUCAGCAUGGGAGUAUGGAUGCACAUUCUUGUGGGUUAAGCUUAGAAGGAUUAAACGGAUGAAUGAAGAGCAUAUUAGGGACAUUGAAGAGGAGUAUAAUUCAAGUGGUUAUGAACUUGAAGAUGAAAGCAUAUCCUAUCAUGUACCAAGGGGCAUUGAAGUUAGGAGGACACUAUCUCAUCGGUCCAGGGAACACAGAAGACUGCAGUUGCAAAGGUCACUGCGGCCAAGGAGCCACCGGAUAAGAGUUGGGAUCAGCAGAGGUUCAGCUUACGUGAGUUCUAGAAACACAGUUAAGCAUGACAGACAUGUUAGAACAGUUCAAAACAUUAAGGUCACUCGAACAUCAAAGUUCGUUCAGAAAGGCACCAAUCUUCGGCACCGAGACUACCGGAGGAGGAGAUGGUGAUGAGGGACUGAUGAAGAGAAAUCUAUUGUUCAAGCUCAUUUUGCACCCUACAAACAGAGAAUCAGUCAUUGUAAGUCUCACUAGUUAACUGUUAAAACUUUAAAGGUCCAGCAUACUACACAAACCAAAGAAGGCUAUAAUGUUUCUACAUGUAAACAUCUAGGUUGGAAGUGGAAACUCCUGGCCUUGGCAAGGUCAGGGCUGAAGUGUUAGGCACAGGCCCGGCCCACAAAUUUCUAGGCCUGUUGCCGGCCUGGGCCAGGCUAGGCUAGAAAUGAUCACCUCUAGUUGUAACCCUUAAGCUUCAUUUAGAUGCCCAACAAGAGGGAGUGAAAUAAAUUUCUUAAAUUUUGUUGAAGAUAUCUUGAAAGUGACUUUCGAUUAGCACAAGAAAUUGGGAAUAGCCCAUAAAAGAAAUUCCUGCAUUCCAAAUAUCUUUUUCUAAAUGAAAUCUAUAUUUUUCUUGUAGUUUUAAUAAAAUGUAAGAGAUUGAAAGUGAACUGCUAAAUAAAUGGCUGGUCCCUCUAGCACCUAAUUUUUAAUUUCUUUUCUUUUGCCUAUCAUGCAUGUAAUUCAAGAUAUUUUCUUUUCUUGAUUUAUAAUUUUCAUUCACUUUCAGUCUGAAUCCUCUAAUUAAUUGUUUGUCAAAUGUGUACCCAUGAGCACAUGAAUGGUGGACCUUCCUUGAGAAGAGAUACCCCAUAGAUCCUUCCAUGAGAGAAUUCCAUAAACAUCUAUAGUUUUGUCACACAGAGCAUUGACAUUGAAGGCCUCCAUUUGAGAACGCCACAUUAUGACAGUUCAGCUUUCUAUGCAGUUUCAAGCAUAAGCUGCAGGCAAGAUGAGAUCAUAAGAAAGAGAUGUGAUUGAAUGUUUGAUAGUCAUCCAGCUUAAUUAUUAUAAAUGCAUUGUCAGUUAAUGGUGUAAAGCAUUUAAAUGACAUCCUAUAACUAUUGAUGUAAUUUCUGAACUUGGCCAAAUGAUUUCAAUUUGACUGGAUUUCUGGUGGGCUUUGGGCUCUAAUAUAAUCACUUAGAA